AACGGACACCUGUCCACCACAUCCACCGCCUUCUUCCUCGUCACUAUGUUCAUUUACAUCCGUGGCCGCGCCGUUUAGAACAAGCACAACCAGCAGGUGAAGACUGGGUUUCCAAACUGUUUAGACAUGCCAAGCUUUGAAGUGUCCCUGCAGCAGCUCAACGAUCUUUUGACAGACGACAGCGGAUUUUACAGCUGGCCAACAAAACACUUCCACGAGGUUUACCCCAGGAUUUAUGUUGGCAACGCGGUUAUGGCAACAAAUGUGCUGCGUCUGAAACGUUUGGGCAUCACCCACAUCCUGAACGCAGCUGAGGGCAACUCCUUCAUGCACAUCAACACCAGUGCUGAGUUCUACGCUGCAACAGAUGUUGUCUACUGCGGGAUCCCAGCCAGUGACACGGACCACUUUGACAUCAGCGUGUACUUUGAGGAAGCCGCAGAUUUUAUCGAGAAGGCACUGACAUACAAUAAUGGAAAAGGCAAAAUAUAUGUUCACUGCAGGGAGGGCUACAGCCGAUCACCAACCUUAGUCAUUGCCUACCUGAUGCUUAGGCAACACAUGAAUGUCCACACCGCUCUGGCCAUUGUGCGGCAGAAGAGAGAGAUUGGACCCAACGAUGGCUUCCUCUGCCAACUCUGCCUGCUCAACCAGAGGCUGGCAACUGAAGGGAAGUUAUGGAACAAAUGAAACUUGUGAACUAAGAGGAAACAACAUGUGGAUUACUUAUUCUGCAGCUUUAAACCUCAAAUUAGUGAGGAAAUAUUUUGUUAGUGAAGACAGUGGAAGCCUGCAUUGAAAGUAUAUACAGACACAGUCCAGUACUUGUGUUCAAAUUCAAAUAUUCAGAAGAGGGUGGUAUGAAUGUCAUACAGUACAAUGUAAUAUCAUUAGGUCACGUACACUCCAUUCUUCAUGUGUGCAAGCAAAGAAUAUUAAAUGACAGUAUUUAAUCUUCUAAGCAAAUGAUGCUGGCCAGGAGUCAAAACAGAAACCUAAAAAACAUGCUUAGUUUAGCCUAAUAUAUUCUAACUUUUAGAUUAUUUUAGUAGUUGAACAAACAAACUAGUUGUAACUUCCAAGUUUGGGUACAAGCACAAGAACAAACUCUCUCUUGAUUCCUGAUGAUUGCGAAUUCGUCUUCUGUGCAACUACCAAAUGUUCUCAUUGUGUUAAGUUGUUGAUUGUUGAAUGAUUAAUCUUUGAUGAACUUUGACCUUACACAAAAGAGAUGAACUGAAAAUCUCUGAUUGUAUCUGAAACAUUGCCAAAAUACUGUAAGAUGAAUAUACUGAGUAACUUCUAAUGUCUUUUAUUAAUAUUUUGUAUGUUGGUGUAUUUUUUCCAAUUUUAUCAUUUACAUUAUCAUUACUGUACAUAUGCAUAGUGUGUUACAGUGAACAUGAUUGUUAUGACUUGUGACCGUAGGGUCAGUAGUGUUUCUUUGAAUCACAACAAUUAUGACACUGCUUUUAUGAUGUGCACUUUACCUAAUGACACUGUUAUUGCUCUUUUUUCAUUCAUUCAAUAAAAA